AUGGCUGCUCCGCAAUCAGAUGCUCCAAUUUCCAACAUCGUCAUCGUCAUUGCUAUGCAGACAGAGGCUCAACCUGUUGUCAAUAAAUUUCAGCUCAUCGAAGAUCCUCACUCUCCGUUUCCACAAGGUGUUCCUUGGGUUCGUUAUCAUGGGAAAUACAAAGAUCUCAAUAUAAACUUGAUUUGGCCGGGAAAAGAUCCAAAUUCUGGGGUUGAUAGUGUGGGCACAAUAUCAUCCGCUCUUGUAACAUAUGCUGCUAUUCAAGCAUUGAAGCCUGACUUGAUCAUAAAUGCAGGCACUGCUGGUGGCUUCAAGGCCAGAGGGGCUAGUGUUGGUGACAUUUUCAUUAUAUCAGAUUGUGCUUUUCAUGACAGAAGAAUACCUAUUCCUGUUUUUGAUCUGUAUGGAGUUGGUUCACGUAAAGCCUUUGAAACACCCAACCUUGUACAGGAACUUAAUCUAAAGGUUGGUAAAUUGUCUACUGGCGACUCUUUAGAUAUGACACAGCAGGAUGAAUCAUCAAUCAUAGCAAAUGAUGCUACUGUUAAAGAUAUGGAGGGAGCAGCUGUUGCUUAUGUUGCUGACCUACUGAAAGUUCCUGCAAUAUUUGUAAAAGCUGUGACUGAUAUCAUUGACGGUGACAAACCAACUGCCGAAGAAUUCCUGCAGAAUUUAGCAUCUGUAACUACCGCACUUGAUCUGGCUGUGGAACAGGUCAUAAAUUUUACUAAUGGGAAGUCUGUAUCUCAGCUUUGA